CAGGUUUCCAACUGUAGUGGGUGCCUUGCCCUGAAAUAGGUGUCACGUCGCUACGUCUGUGUUGUUUGUUAACAAUACAAGUUACUGUAAUCCUGGAGGUUACUUCGAAUUAUUUUAUAAUUUAAUCGUUAUGACUGAAUGUUCGGCAAACAAGUCCGCAAAUGGGGAUGCUUGUCAUCAUAAGACAAACGGCAGAAAACCGGGAAGAAACGGCUACGUAAAAAAUCGUUUCCACCUCCAGCGACAGCAGCUGCAGAAUUCCUUCUACCCCAAGGAGAAGCAGGCAUCCUGCAAUGGAGGACUAUACAGCAGGCCCUUCUUGGAGUCGUUUGAGGAGACGCCUAUGUUGGUGGCCGUCCUCACAUAUAUGGGCUAUGGCAUCCUCACUAUCUUUGGGUACCUGAGGGACUUCCUGAGGGAGUGGAAAAUUGAGAAAUGCCACAUUGCCAGAGAGCGGGAAGAACAGAAGGAAUUUGUGCCUCUUUAUCAGGAUUUUGAGAACUUUUACACCAGGAAUUUGUACAUGCGAAUUCGGGACAGCUGGAACCGGCCAAUUUGCAGUGUCCCAGGGGCCAAGAUGGACCUGGUGGAACGGGUGUCCCAUGACUAUAAUUGGACAUUCAAUUACACAGGGAACGUGGUCAAAGAUGUCAUCAACCUCGGUUCGUAUAACUACCUGGGCUUUGCCGAGAACUCAGGACCGUGUGCCAAUGCUGCGGCCGACAUGACCAUGAAGUACGGGGUGGGAGUUGGCAGCACCAGGCAGGAGACGGGUAACCUGGAUAAACAUGAAGAGCUGGAGCAGCUGGUGGCGAGGUUCCUGGGUGUGGAGUCAUCCAUGGUGUUCGGUAUGGGGUUUGCCACCAACUCCAUGAAUAUCCCAGCACUCGCAGGCAAAGGCUGUCUGAUUCUGAGUGACGAGCUGAACCAUACCUCUCUGGUGCUGGGGGCCAGACUGUCUGGGUCCACCAUCCGUGUCUUCAAACACAACAACAUGCAGAGUCUGGAGAAGCUGCUGCGAGACGCCAUUGUUCACGGUCAGCCUCGAACCCACAGGCCGUGGAAGAAGAUCCUCAUAGUGGUGGAGGGGAUCUACAGCAUGGAGGGCUCCAUCGUGCGGCUGCCGGAGGUCAUUGCUCUGAAGAAGCGGUACAAGGCCUACCUGUAUCUGGACGAGGCCCACAGCAUCGGCGCCCUGGGACCACACGGGCGGGGGGUGCUGGACUAUUUUGGCCUGGACCCCCAGGACGUGGACAUACUGAUGGGGACGUUCACCAAGAGCUUUGGAGGUGCAGGAGGGUACAUCGGAGGGAAGAAGGAUCUGAUAGAUUAUCUCCGUGCACAGUCUCACAGUGCGGCCUACGCCACCUCUAUGUCGCCCCCUGUAGCCCAGCAAAUCAUCGCUUCUAUGAAGUGUAUCAUGGGGGAGGACGGGACGACAAUCGGUCGAGAGCGUAUUCACCAGCUGGCGGAAAACACGGUGUACUUCCGCACCCGGCUCCGGGAGAUGGGUUUCAUCAUCUACGGGAAUAAUGACUCCCCCGUCGUUCCCAUGAUGCUGUACAUGCCUGCGAAAAUCGGUGCAUUUGGGAGGGAGAUGCUGAAGAGGAACAUCGGCGUGGUUGUGGUGGGCUUCCCGGCCACGCCCAUCAUCGAGUCCAGAGCUCGCUUCUGCGUGUCCGCUGGCCACACCAGAGACAUGCUGGACACGGCGUUGAGUGCGAUUAGCGAAGUGGGAGACCUGCUGCAGGUGAAGUACUCCCAACACAGAGCGAGUCCCUCUCUGGACCGCGCCUUCAACGAGCCCGCGUACGAGGAGACCGAGGCCUGAGAGCGCUGCCCGGCGGCCGGCCACGCCCCCGCUGGCCGUCCCGGCCUCGAUCCGUACGACCCGUGCCUCUUCAGGACUUCUCUGUUCCAACAUCGGCGCAGUUCGAGCGGCGACAAACGCGCCGAGAGUCGCCCCAUCGCUUAUUUAUUCCUGUUUUUUCAAGAGUGCUUUCCUGUUAGUUCCCGAGACGUCGCGACGUGCUUCCUGUUCUCUCGAUUUCGGAAAAGCUCACGGAUCACCGCGUGAACACGGACGAAUGUUUGCGCCUUUUCAGGUCCAGUUCACGCCUCCUACUGCUGAACAUCCCCACACCCUUGUUCUUGUGCAAUAUUCACAUCUCAGACCCUCUGUAAUUCAACUCACAAAAGACAGACAGUUUUAAAAGGAGCACUUUUGUAAAAUAAGAACUACAACAUAGCAGCUACACACCAAAAUAUGUUUUUUUUUUUGUUUCUUUUUUAAAUCAAGAAUUGAACCAAGCUUAGAGUAAACACAGAGUUAGCUACUGUAGCUCUGGCUCUGGGGGACAUCCUACAUCACUUCCAUUUUCAUAUAUAUUUUUUUCACUUUACACGUGUCUGUCAGACCAGUGUCUUGCUUGAAUCUUGCAGUUCACUUGGUUGUUUUAUCAAAAAAAAGUUCAUCUUCUGAUGGUCCAGAGCAGAGUUGAAUUCGAGCUUCCGUUGCGGGCUUCACACCAAGGCUCUCUCAAAUGCUGCUGAAGGCCCGAUCAAACCCAAUUUACGCAGCGUUUUGGAAAGUGCUCAAAUAGGUCACCAGAAUUUCCAAGAGAUCAGCAGAAUUACUAGACACGUUUCACUGUGAGACAAGUGAGUCUUAAGUUCAGUCUUGUCUUCAGUCUUAAAGUUGCUCUUCUGUCUCUUUGCCCUUUUUCAUACUGAGCUAUCGAAAGAGUGAUCUAGAUGUGUUUCUCUGCGGGGACAAGUUCAGUCUUGCUUUAAAGUUGCUCUUCUGUCUCUGGUAUAUUUUUACUCCGACGUUUUUUUUUUACAUUUUGCACUCUUUAAACGUACAGCUUAACAUAUAUUGCCUUUUGGCUUUUUUUAAAGAGUUUUCAUUCCUUCUGAUUUUUGAAGGAAUGUGUCAAUGUGAGUUGAAAUUUGUUUGAUAAAAAAAAAAAACUAAAAAAAAAAACAUGCAUACAUUUAGCUGAAUGUGUGAUGACCUUGCCUGCAAAUGGCACCUCUCUGAUUUAUUUAUUAAUUAUUAUUACUAUUAUUUGUUUAUAAAAUUUGUUUCAGAACACAUUUAUUUCAGCAAGGCAGCUCUAAAUAUAUUCUUUAAGUGCAUGCAUGUUGACAUUGCAUACAUUUAUUGCAAGUACUACUGAACAGAUAUUUAAAAAAUUUACUUUACCAUUGCAGUUUAUUUUUUAAAUGCACGUAUGACGUAGUGACUUAAGCUGCUCAUUUCCAGUAAAAGGUGCUGAGCUACUGUAUGUGUUCUACAGAUCCAUCUUUCUGGGUUCGUCUUUAGACCAAAAGGCAUUCCACAUUUAGCUCUUUAAUUGCCAGCUUUAAGUACGGGGUUUUGAACGACCUCAUUGCUCAUGUACAGUACUGUCACACUGGAAUGUAUGUCAUGUGUGUGAAACAUCUGUCUGUGUGUGUCUUUUUCCCAUGAAUUGAAUUUCUCAUAUUGGUGUGGGACACCCUGUAGCAUAUGUAAAAUGCUACUGUAUAAGAGUCAAAGUCAUUUAAAAAGACACUAAGGCUAACAGCUGCACAUGAAGUUACCACGGACUGCGUAAACACAAGUCGAAUGAGGAACUACAACUUAAACGUCUUAAUGUACAAAUAUCUAUUUUAAAAAUGAAUGAUACAAGUCAUUCCUUUAUUUUUUCAUGUACAUAUUGUCUGAAUGCAAAUGUACUGAAUUUUAUGCAAAUGUCCAUGUCUUUAUUUGGCCUGUGAUGCCCUUUCACUCUGAAGGACCCUCCCCCCUGCUAUUGCAGACCAGUGUCAAAACCAGCAUGGGUGUUCUGACCAUCAGAGGAGCUGGGCAGAGCAUUUGUUGUUAUGGAUUUGUUGAAUUUGUUGGUAUGGAUUUGUUGAAUUUGUUGGUAUGGAUUUGUUGAAUUUGUUGGUACGGAUUUGUUGAAUUUGUUGUUAUGGAUUUAUUGCUACAGAUUUGUUGAAUUUGUUGAUGUUGGUAUUGGACUACUUUGAAGAAUUAUUUACAUAUAUUAAAAUGUUACCUUGGAAUUGCUACCAGUGGGGCACAAAAAAGUGCAUUACUUGCUACAUAUCAGGAAAUCCUGUUUUAUGUUUUAUUUUCUUAAGAACAUUAAAAUAUGACCAAAAUGUUAACUCUUGUUUUAUAACUUCUUUCCAUUCUGAAAGGAACUUAUGUGAACAUGAGUUUCCUUUUCCAGAUAUUAAAAUAGACAAUGAAGCUGA